AUGCCGCUUGUGCUGCUGCUGUUGCUGCUGCUCACUGUAGCUUCCACGUUGCUGCUUCUACUGGUCGACAGUGAGCACACCGCUCCGGUGGCGCAAAAUCCGUCGCCAGCAACAUUCUCAACUCUCGUGGCGCGACUGGAACGGGUCGACGAUCAAAACUGUGAAACCGUUCUGGCACUGCCAAAUCUGCACCGCCUGUUGGAGCACGAACUGAAUAGGAGCAACCCGCAACUUCUCCUUCUGGCUCAGCUGAUCGCCCAGCAUCCGCAUCUUCAUCCACUUCAUCUUCCCGCCAAUGCCUCGCUAACUCUGGAUUCUCCACUCUCCUAUAACCUCUCUGCGCCGCUCUAUGUGCUGCAGUUGCACUGUCAUUUCAAUGGUCUGCAGUCGGCGCAGCAGUGGAUCCCGAUCUUGAUUUACCCCACUGCUGCAUCGGAAUCUUACUUGAUCAUUCGUGUACAACCAUUUGACCUCAAUGCAUGCACGCUGCCGCACUGCGUCACUUCAAAGGUGAGCUUCUCUCAGCUUCGAGCAAUGCCUCUUGUCGAGCUACACUGUUUGUUGCUAAAAACCCAGGCUGGAACGCACCAGGCUUGCCGAUGCGAUCAUGCAUUUUUGCACUAA